CCCUCCUAUGUCCCCUUUUAGCGCACUUGCCUAACGUGGUCCAAGCUUUUAAUUAUUCGUUCGCUUAGACCCUAGUCUGGACCACCACCAGCCGUACUUUCUCACAAAAUCAAAAAUUCUAAGCUAGCAGCCCACUCAGCAGUCCAACCUGGAAUUUGAUUGAGGAAAUUUCCAAUUUCGACCACAACCGAAAAACACCCAACCCUUCCAUCGUCAUUCGCACUCCACGAACAAACCUCACAUCCCUCAGACAAAAUGACGAAGCGCACAAAGAAGGUCGGUGUUACCGGAAAGUACGGUACCAGAUACGGUGCCUCGCUCCGAAAGCAGGUCAAGAAGAUGGAAAUCACCCAGCACGCCAAGUACACCUGCACAUUCUGCGGCAAGGUCUCCGUCAAGCGUCACUCCGUCGGUAUCUGGGACUGCAAGUCGUGUGGAAAGACUGUUGCCGGAGGAGCCUACACUGUCUCGACCGCUGCUGCGGCUGCCAUGCGAUCAACGCUGCGAAGAUUGAGGGAGAUCCAGGAGGUUUAGACGUGAUGUGAGGGGGAACGGCUAUUUUCUUUGCAUUUGGCUUCGGUGUACAGGAACACGGAAUUUUCUACGCAAACCAUGAAGGGUCAUGACGACGAUCGAUGAAUUCCCUCAGUG